AUGACAACCAAGUUACUGGACGACAGGCAGUUCUUGAAGGAAAUGAGGGUGAAUGCAGGUUCAAAGCCCCCUGUGCCAGAAGGCCGGAGACCAUGGCAGAAGAUUUCCCUAACCGACUGUGAAUCUGACCACGGUUUAUUGAUUACUAAUAUCAACCAGGCGCACGAUCUUUUGAGAGUGAAGAAUACGGCAAUGAUCUGUUCUGGAUUGAAGGCUACUGAUGACUGGAUGCAGAGUUACGGUUUAGAAAGCAUGAAGCUUACAUUGGAAGAGCUGAUGAAGAGAGGCACUGUCGUGCUGGAUGCGAACAACGCAGAGCAGAUGGAGUUUACCACAGAGGCCAUUGGUGAUUUUGAAUCCCGACUGCACGCAGCGAUCGAUCUUUAUGACAAACGGAUCCAGUGGCUAUUACAAGACAGCCGAAAGCUGUUUGGCAUUAUACACGGGAGCAGAAUUGGGGUUCUGAUUGACGCGUCUGAUAUCACUUGUGGGCCGAGACUCCUCGAUUUCCAAAAAGACCUCCUGUGUUUAGUUGAUGAGCAGUUGUGCUACGUGAAGCGCCUGUAUUUUCUUUCCUUCGGUACCGAAGUCUCGCCUCUUUGGAAGGAGUCCAAACCCAUCAACGUGGAUGUUUUAUAUGAAAUCAGGCAAUGGGUGAAGGCGCUAAAGCCCAGCGGAGGCUGCAACCUGUUGAAAGCUCUGAAGAAGGCUCUCUUGCUGAAAGGCCUGGAUGCCCUGGUCAUCAUCGCAGGGAGCUGCCCAGAUCAGUCCUCUGAAAUCUUGUCUGAUUAUAUCCAGCAAUGUACGCUGGGGAGAGAUCUGCUGAUCCAGACGGUGGCCUACGAGUGCAGCAGCCAGGUGCCUCCCGCUGUUUUAAAAAGCGUCACUGAAGCUGUCGGCGGCCAUUACCACAGCUGCUCCACAAGAGACCAGAGUUAUGACAGCAGUGAUCUGGACAAGAUCCUUGGUGAGCGCAGAAAAUCUGAGGACUUGCUCAACAUCAUAAAUAAAAUCUAUAAGGGAAGGGUCGUGGGCCAUGCAUGUUUUAGUUUAAUGCCAGAGAGCUCCACAGAGGUUGUGCCAUUUUCUCCGGCCAGCUUGCUGCCAAAGCCACCGAACCACGAAGGACCUCUUGUGAUACAAAUCCCAGAUUUCCUGGCCAAAACUUCAGCAGAAUGGUUAAAAACCAAUGGGCUGAAAGCCAAGAAGCUGAGCCUGUACCAAGUUCUGGCACCAAAUGCAUUUUCCCCUGUGGAAGAAUUUGUCCCGAUUCUUCAGAAAACAGUGUCAUCAACUCUACAUGAAAAAGCGAUGAUGCAGUUUGAGUGGCACGAUGGGACCGUUAAAAAUGUCCACGUAGAUCCACCGAUAUUGUACGACUACCAGAAGCAGCUGACCAGGCUGGUGGGGAGGUAUGAGAGACGCAUCGAAUGGCUCUCCAUUGGUAGUAGAAGGAUGUGGGGAACAGUUUGCGAAAGGAGGGUCGUUCUCCUUAUUGAUGUCUCCGUAACAAAUCUUCCGUACAUCAUUCAUAUCCAACAUUCCCUGCGGCUUGUGCUGGAGGAGCAGAUCGCAAGCAAGGACUGCUUCAAUAUCAUAGCUUUUGGAAAAGAUGUUAAGCCCUGGCAACCGGAAAUGGUUCCUUCGCACCCAGACAACUUAGAGCAUGCCUGGAGAUGGGUGCUGGCCCUGAAGUGUGAAGGCACUCGGAAUGUCAUGAGCGCUUUCCGAAGAGCAGUGGAGGUGGAUUUCAGAGAUAAAGACAAGCAUGAGUCCCAGGGGAUAUACCUGCUGACCACGGGCAUCCCUGAUCAAGAGACACACGUGAUUAGCUCUUAUAUGGCCGAGAGCUGCAGAGGGUGUGAUCUGCAGCUUCAUGUCUCUCUGUUCAGCACCGACGACUCUCUCUUGGAUGGUGAUAUCCCGCCACGCUAUGCAAGCCCAGAAGAAACAGCACUUGCUUUUAAGACCGUUGUGCGGGCUGCCGGUGGCCGGUUUCACUGGUUUGGAGAAACAGGCAUCUACGAAAGCGAUGACAUCAGCAGCAUUCUCUCUGAAAUGGAGACAGCCGUCAACUAUUCCCAUAAGAGUGCCAGAGAUGGGCAGGAGAGGGAGAAAAGUGGCUCUGCAAAAGUGUUUGCGUGGCGCCCGCCAAGCGCCAAGGCAGAAAUCCCGCCAGCACAGCCAAUACAGGAAUUUUUGCAGACGGGCGGGAGAAAGAAAUGCAGAUCGAAGAAACAUCCCGAGGUUUCACUUUCAUUAUUUUAUACGGACAAAGGGAAGAAAGUAGGUGCAGUUUACAAAAAAUAUUCCAAGCCCAAAUGCAUGAGGAAGGCGAUUCCUUUUGUUGUUCUGCCGCAGGAAGAAGAAAGGUGCUCCAGCAAAGAGUGGCUCAGCAAAUACAGCAUCAAGAAACUGAAGUUAGACUUGCCCAGAAUCGUUUUCGGGCCUGAGUGUUUGCAUCAGAAGCAAAUGGUGGAAUCUUUGCACAAGAAAGUGUCGGCAAAAUACUGCGACAUUUUCCCCAGCAUCGAAAUGGAGGGCAGCGUGAAGCACUUGCACAUUCAGCCCAAGGAUCUAGAGGAGUAUAUUGAGCAAAUGGAGAGAGUCCUGCAGUGCUAUGUUAGAAGGAUGCAGUGGCUUUUGUCAGGAAGCCGUCGAUUGUUCGGGGUGAUUUUGGAAGCCAGCGUCUGCAUCCUGAUCGAUACCUCCGGAUCCAUGGAACCGUCUCUGGAGCAAGUCACCCAAGAGCUGACCUCCCUUAUCUGGGAACAGCUGAGGAAGAAUCAGACCAAAUUCAAUUUGAUAAGCUUUGCGGAAGAUGUUGUGGCCUGGCAAGAGUGCCUGGUGGAGGCCACGGACGAAGCAUGCCACGAUGCCGUGCAGUGGGUCUCCACGUUUCGAGCACAUGGGAAUACGUCCAUCCUCAAGGCCUUGCAGCUGGUCAAAUCUGAUAGAGGAGCCAACGACUUCCUCAAGAGGCUGGCUUGGCAGACCGGGGGACGCUACCAUCGGUGCCAUGGGGAUGCGGAUGGACAGUUGGCAGCCCAUCGGAUCUUGACGGAAGGUUUCAAAGAUGAAGAUGAUCCAGUUUUCCCCCUGUUUGAAGGAGAUGAUUUAAAGAAGCUUACUGAGGAAGUAGCAAAAGCCAGGAGUUAUUUAGCACAAGCCAGGCUUUUUCGAUCGCUAUUGGAAAAAAAGAAUUUAGAUCAAAAGGAGCAGUCCUCCUAA